GGGUCACGUGCGGCUCCUGCACAAGCAAAACAAAACGUAUGCCGCCGCGCGCGCGUCUUCUGUCCUCUUCCUGGGGAGGCCAACCUUUGAGCUUUAGCGCACGAGGCUCACGCCCGCGCGCCCCUGCGUCACACGGCCAGGUGAGGGGUUACCUGCUGUUUACCGGCGUGGCGGAUCCAGCAGAGACAGAAUGGCAUGUCCACCUUGGCCCACAGGGAGGAGACUGGUUCACCUAGAUUUGAAGGGAGCCCCCCCGCGGAUGGAAUACCUUUUAAAGCUGAUCCAGGUCUUCAGUGAGCUGGGGGUGGAGGGCCUCCUGGUGGAGUAUGAGGACAUGUUUCCUUAUGGGGGGGAGCUUCAGCUGCUGCAGGCGACGGCUCAACCUGCCUACAGCCGGGAGGACGUGUUGCUCCUGCAGGACUGUGCCAGAUCCGCAGGCCUGGAGGUGAUCCCGCUGGUGCAGACGUUUGGUCACAUGGAGUUUGUCCUGAAGCACCAGUCCAUGCUGCACCUCAGGGAGGUGCCGCACUGCCUGGGCACUCUGAACCCCCACAAAGAGGAGGCGGUGAAGGUGGUGCUGGAGAUGCUGCGGCAGGUGGUGGAGCUGCAUCCCGGUGUGAGGACGCUGCACAUCGGCGCAGACGAGGUGUAUCUACUGGGUGAGGGGGAGGACUCCAGGAGGUGGCUGGCCUCUCCCGGACGGACGGUAGAGCAGCUUUUUCUUGAUCAUGUGACUAAGGUAGCUAGGGCCGUCAAGGAGGCGUGGCCUCACGUGACCGUCAUCAUGUGGGACGACAUGAUGAGAGAAAUGAGCGGCGAAACGCUGAAAGCGUGCGGCCUGGUGGGGCUGGUACAGCCCAUGCUGUGGGACUACAACCCCAACCUGGAUGUGGAGCAAACCGUGUCUUUGCUGGAGAAGUACAGCGGCGCGGGUUUGUCCGAGCUGUGGGCGGCCAGCUGCUUCAAAGGCUCCACCGCCGUCGACACGUGCGUGACCUGCACGCAGAGCCACGUGGACAACCACCUGCAGUGGCUGAAGGUGGCGGCGUCUGUGUCUGCUGCGGUCAACCUCAAAGGGAUUGCGAUCACAGGCUGGCAAAGGUACGACCACCUGUCCGUGCUCUGCGAGCUGAUGCCCGUGGCUCUGCCGUCUCUGGCGUCCUGUCUCCAGACUCUCAUCCACGGUCACUUCGGCCAUGAGGCCGGCAGCAGAGUGAAGGAGCUGCUGGGCGUUUCCUCGGUGGAGGUGGAGGCCAUGGAGAGGACGGCGGCAGACGACUCGCGGUUUCCAGGGCGGAGGCUGGCCGAGUCCAUCGUGGAGAUCAGUUUCCUGCUGAACUCUGAGGAGCUGAGAUUCUUCGAAAACAACAAGUUUGUGCGAGGAUGGUUCAGCCCGUUCCAGCGCCGGAGGAAGAUGGCGAACCCGCUGAUGUGCAUGCAGAUUCACAGCCAGGCGUCCACGUAUGCGGCGGCGCUGCAGCAGAAAGCAGCAGCAGUCAGAGACGAGAUGCUGCGAUUUUACCCCGACGCCACGGCUCAGGAGUGGAUGGAGGAACACGUCAGCCCCGUGAUGACGCCAAUCCAGCAAAUCAUGGAGGAGACCGGCGCCUGCGUGAACACGCAGUGACGGAGCGCCGCCGCCGCCACGGCGCCGGACUCCUUUCUGCACAGGUUGGAGGGUUUCAGGCGGAACAGGGAGCCUGAGAACGCAGCAGAAACCCACAACCAGGCUCCAGUUCUGCACAACUUUAUUCAAUGCUAAACAAUAAAAUCACAUUUCUUAAAAAAAAAA